AUGUCUAUUUCAGUGGCGCCUGUUACUUUCGAACAUCACCGCCCGGCGUUCGGUAUCGCCGAGACGAGGCCUCGUAUCUCAUACCGAUUUGAAGGCACGGCAGUCGACUGGGAGCAAUCCCAAGUCGACAUCGAAAUCACCCAUGAUGGCACACCCAAGGUCUAUAAUGUCAAAACCUCAGAGUCGGUGCUGAUAUCGUGGCCUGGAACAGAGCUUAAGAGCAAGGAUACCGCUACUGUAAGAGCUCGCGCACACGGCUUGGAGGGCCAACCUUCGUCAGAUUGGUCACAACCUUCCACAGUUGAAACAGGAUUGUUGACAACAGAUGAUUGGCAAGGCGCAUUCCCGAUUGCGGCCGAUCGCGCCACAGAGACCAAUGCCACGAAGCGUCCGGUCCACUUCCGCAAAGACUUUAGUGUCAAUACCACGAUCGCAAAGGCGAGGCUUUAUAUCACUGCGCUGGGGCUGUAUGUUGCAGAGAUAAAUGGCAAGCGCGUCGGCGACCACGUACUCGCACCCGGAUGGCAGUCGUACAGCUACCGGCACGUAUACGAUACCUACGAUGUUACGGAUCUGUUGCAACAGGGCGACAAUACCAUAGGCGCAACAAUUGGGGAAGGCUGGUACGCUGGUAGGAUUGGUUUCAACACACAAAUACCUCGUAAUCUUUGGGGCGACACCCUUGGACUGCUCUGCCUGCUCUCCGUGACGGAAAAUUCAGGUAAGGAGACGACAGUCAAGAGUGAUCUCUCGUGGAGUGCCUCCACUGGGCCAAUCGUCUCAUCUGAAAUCUACGACGGUGAGGUGUACAACUCGGCUGCAGAACUGAAAGGCUGGUCAACUCCGAAAUUCGACGACAGCGGAUGGUCAGCAGUCAAGCAAUUGCCAAUGCCAGCUGGCUCGUUGGUUCCCUCCGACGGCGCUCCUAUCAAGCGUGUUGAACAGGUCACGCCUGUCUCCAUACUCAAGUCCAAAUCAGGAAAGACUGUGAUUGACUUCGGGCAGAACCUGGUGGGGUGGCUCAAAGUGACUGUGUCCGGUCCUUCGGGUACAAACAUUACCUUCCACCACGCGGAAGUAAUGAAUGAUGGUGAGAUCGACACGGUACCGUUGCGAAGCGCGAAGCAGCGAGAUACCUUGAUACUCUCCGGCAAUGCAACGCAGACUUGGGAACCGUCCUUCACUUACCACGGCUUUCGGUAUGUUCAGGUAGAUGGCUGGCCCAGCGCAACUCCAUUGGACGGUACUUCCGUUGUUGCACAAGUUGUGCAUAGUGAUAUGGAGCGUACUGGAUACUUUGAGAGCUCGCAUGCGCUGUUGAACAGAUUCCACGAAAACGUUAUUUGGUCUCUAAGGGGAAAUUUCCUCGGCGUUCCGACAGACUGCCCGCAGCGUGAUGAGCGCCUAGGGUGGACAGGGGAUGCGCACGCCUUCAUGCCAACUGCAAACUACCUCUACGAUGCGUCUGGCUUCUGGCGCGGCUGGCUCAAGGAUGCGUGGUCUGAGCAGAAACGCGGAGACUACAUGGUCCCUCCGAAUUUCGCAGACAAGCAGAUGCUCGAGGAGCAGUAUGAUGCGGCCCAAGCUUGGAUCGACACAGGAAUCCCGCGAAACGAUGUAGGCUUAUGGGACAGGUCCACCUUUCAAUUCGCAGAUUGGCUGGACCCAAAGGCACCAGCGGAGGAUGCAGGAGCGGCGACCACUGACAAACACCUCGUCUCGGAUGCGUACCUCAUCGAGAUGACCCGCCUGUUGUCGAACCUGAGCAAGGUCCUGGGUAAAGACGAUAUUGCCACGCAAUACGCAAGUCAACGCGAAGAUCUCAUCAAGGAAUUUCACAAGGCGUGGACGGAGCCUUACCCCGUCAUCGCGAACGUCACCCAAACAGCACUCGCCUUGGGUAUAGCUUUUGAUAUUUGGACUCCCAAUACCGCCGCUCGCAAGGUAGCUGCUGAAACACUGCGCGAAGUCAUUAAGAAUAACACGUAUCUUGUGGGAACUGGCUUCGCCGGUACUCAGCAACUAGGCAAUGCGCUCACGUCCAUCAACGCGACAGCUGACUUCUACAAGAUGUUACAACAGACGCAGGUUCCGUCAUGGCUUUACGCCGUCACCAUGAACGGCACCACCACCUGGGAACGCUGGGACAGCAUGCUGCCGGACGGAUCGAUCAACACAGGCACUAUGACAAGUUUUAAUCAUUAUUCUUUCGGCAGCGUUGCAGACUGGAUCCAUAAGAAGAUUGGGGGCAUAGCACCAGGCUCACCAGGUUGGAAGACAGUGGUGGUUGCGCCGGAGCCGGGAGGAGACAUUACCAGUGCUAGUGCCCAUGUUUUGAGUCCGUACGGUGCAGUAAAUUCGAGCUGGAGGGUCGAGGCAGAUGGUUUCCAUCUUACAGUCACUGUGCCUCCUAACAGCAAAGCAGAGGUUGUCCUUCCGGGCUCGGGAGAGUCGGCCACCAUGGGCAGUGGGACGAAGACUUUCUUCGUUGAGGCAUACACGAUUCCAGAGUAGAAGCAU